GUUACUAAGAGCCUCCCGCUGUCGUCGCAUAAAAUCAGUAAUAAAUUCAAAAAGGUGUGCUGCGAAGCGGGAAGAUCAUACAGUGUUUCUAUGAUCUCUAGAAAGCAUCGUCUGGAUCAGGCAGCAGCCGCUACAAUGCCGGGCCUCGUCGUCGCUCAGCGUCGGUGGAAUCUUUCGUCAGAUGACCUACCUAUACCAGCGCUAUUGGAGUCAGCGAUACGAGGAACUUGGUUGAUCGCUCUUGCAAUAUCAUAUUGGAAUCUUCCCCAAUUCGAUGAACAAUGUUCGUCUUUGGCCCGGCUUCUAUUGACAUAUUUAGUGGGUCUACAACUAUUGCAGAUAAUGAUAUUAUCAAUAAAUACAACAUUGAUUCACCUCGCACUUCAGGGCACUGUCCUGUGUGAUACGCCUCGAGCAGGCGUCGUACCACUCAUCUAUUUCAGAACCAUUCUGUUUGUGCCAGAAAUUGGCUGGCACAUACUCGGCGCCGUAUGGUUGUGUCUGAUCCGCGACCCUUCUCUAGUUCCACUGUCGUGCAAUCUUGGCACUACCCAAAACGCGGUACAAGCGAUGAUCAAUCUGGGCGUGGCAACGACAGUUGUACUACUCAUCGGAGUUCUGAUCGUGUUUGAUCCUGCAGGCUCGAUAAAGCAUCUUCCUUCGAAGAACAGCCCAGUCGAUGAGGAAUCGGGUCGGCUAUUUGUCAACCCGACGAUGAAAGGCGAACGAACGCUUUACCGCUGCUGGCGAACGAGGAUCCGUUUGUUGUUUUGCUGCGUUUGGUUUGACACGGGAUCUCGGGAAGCGUACCGUGAUGUUGCAGAGUUGUUUAGCGGCUGGUUCCAUGACAUUGACGUAGUACCGUCAGAUCUCCUAUGCGCUCUCAUCCUUCUACGUAGAAAACAGAGCCAGCUGCGGAAGCUUACAGGCAAUACGAUCGUGGGCCCUACGAAAUUUCCAUUGUCCCCGUUCCUCGAGACGCCUUUUCCAAUAGUGACUCUCCAGCCACAAAUGGUACCCGCUGCAUCGCCGUGGAUGACGCCGAGGAACGCACUUCACUUCAUGAGGUUCGCGUGGGGAUCGUAUGGGUGGCCAACAUUUAUGCUCACGCAUGCGUGUACGGGUCUUUGCACGCUCUGGUCCGGCCUGCGAUGUUGUUCCUGCAUAAGGCCUUUCUGUAGGUCGUCAACCUCAUCCGAGUCGGCCUUCAAUCCAGCGCUAAUGCUACGUGGCGACAAUUGCUGUGAAUGUCAUACUGCAACAGUUCGGACUUUAGCCAGAAUACCCGACAAGGAUCUACUUAUCGUCUCGUUCAAAAACUCCCUAUACAAGAUCCCGUUCUUCGUGUGCUAUGACCAUGAAAAGCAGUCGGUUGUCGUCGUUAUUCGCGGUACUCUGAGUGUCAACGAUGUGCUUACUGACUUCACCGGUGACUCGACUCAGAUUGAUGCUCUGGGGGUCCCUCGCGGUUCGUUGUGCCACAAAGGCUUCCUUAAGUGUGCUAGAUACAUACUAAACAAAUUAUCCGAAAACCAGGUCUUGGAGGCGGCUUUUAAAAUGCAUCCCUCAUACCGUCUUGUGCUCACAGGCCAUUCCUUGGGAGGCGGAGUGUCAGUCACACUUGGGCUUCUCUUACGUGGCAGAUACCCAAGCGUGAGAUGCUUCGUGUAUUCCCCUCCAGGUGGCACGUUUAGUCGCGAGCUAUGCCGCCUCACGGAGACGUUCGCUCUAAGUGUUGUUGUGGGCGAUGAUGUCGUUCCUCGAUUAGGUAUCUCACAGUUGGAUGAACUUAAGCGACAGAUGCUCACGUGCCUCGUAGAAAACACACGACCCAAACAUGAAAUUCUCAGCCAGGGUCUCUGUACCUUUUUCUGUAAAUCACGUAACUGGAGAGAUCGUCCGCGCAUGACCGGGUCUCCGACGGCCAAAUACAAAGAUGUGAGACAGCAGAAAACAGAUGAAAUCCUCAAUAAGCUCGACACACACGGGUUAGUGUCAGCUUCAGUGCCCAGCACGAACUUCAUGAGUCACAGGCCGCCAUUUAAUCGGGAUGAAGCUCUCGAAAACAAGGAAAAACUGGAGUCGGCCGUACGCGCUGCUUUAGGCACUAUGACGGAACACAAACUUUGGCCUCCUGGAAAGAUCCUGUACCUUAUCGACUCCCAUGACGGGUUCGAGCCAUGGUGGGCUCCCGCUGAACAUUUUAACCACGUAAUUAUUUCGCCUCACAUGUUAACGGACCAUCUUCCAGGUGUGUGCUAUCGUGCUCUUAAGCACAUCUGCGAGCGCACAUCUGGCUUCGAGCAAUUGUAAUCGGAUUUGCAAUUAAAAUUUUAUAAAUUGAACUUGUGGAAGCUUCUGCUCCAUAUUGAAGAAGGAAUAAACUCUAAACGUAACGACCAACGCUUUCGAAUGUAUUCCAAAUUACGAGUCUGUGAACAACUGUAUAACAAACAAUCACAUGAAAUUCUCCGCAAAUAUUUAAAAUCAAUUUGUAAUUUUAGCUUAUAACCGAUAAAUACAGACUCCUAGCGAAGAUAUCUGGUGAGCAGUAAUAGUAGAAACAAGUUAACUUCAACUAGAUACUGUUGUUGCCUUUGAAGCAUAGACUUUUUAGUAGUGACAUGUAUAAAGCUGCUUAUGGUUCCAUACGAUAUCUGUUAUUCAUUAUCAAAUCAUUAGGUACCGUUCUCGACUUUCGGAAAGUUUGAAGUUUUUAAAAUCUCUGAAAGGCAGCAACGCUGAUUGUUAGGUGGAUAUGCACUCGGCUGUUUAUAAAUUUCCAAAACAUAUUUUUGUAAUGGGAAAUAAUUUCUAUUUGUUUUUUUUUUUACAAAGACUUUUAGUAUGCUUCAUGUUAACAUGGUGCCAGUCGUUUGAAAUGUCAAUUCGUGUUUACUUUAAUUUUCAGAAUCAGAAGAAGAAAGAAAUCAGAGAAAGUUACUACCAAGUUAUAGAUAUUGCAGAUCAUGUAAUCUAAAUAUUCGAUAGCUAUCUUGCGGGUGGAACAAAUAAAAACGUCAAAUAUGUUCAGUACUUGUGAAGCUCGACUGAUCAGUGCCAUCUGGAUAGCCGAUUAGCAACGUCCGCCUUCAGACGUUCCUUUGUCAAACUAUUUACUAUGUCAUAGCGAGCGGUUGUAAGAAGCGCGAUGUCCAUUGAUGCUCAUAUAAGCAUAGAAACCGAUGACAUUUUCAUUUAUAAUGUAUAUACCGCUUCCCUAAACGAUUGCAAAUGCAGACAUCCGUUUGAGUAAUAUACGAUGCACACCCACUCAAUGGCAGUUAUUCUCGCUUCGAGAGCGUACCAGAGCUCCUGUUAUAUUCCUUUUUUUUUUGCUGUUAUAGAUAAUUAGCUAACGUGACAUACGCAUGGUGUUCCACUGAUUUUAAGUAACAUCCCUAGACAAACUUUCCGUUUUGUAGCAAAGAGCUUAGAACAUAUCUCGUAGAUAAAAAAAAAAACGAAAAAGUAGAAGCAUCUAUAAUGAAAUACUGUGUGAUUGCAUAUAUGGGGAUCGCGCGGCAAAUUAAUCCUAGACGUAUUACGUUUCAUUAAAUAUAUACGAUAUUUAAUGAAACGUAACACUAGGAUGACUGUAAUGAUCAGUUUAAAUAUGUGGAAAUGUUAAUAGGACGCAUUCAAACAAAACUAACCGAUGAGAAACAUUUUGUUCUAAUCAAUUUAAAGGCAUCUUUAGUGCUUUUAAAUCUGCCGAUGAGUCUAUGUGCCUGUACAGCCCUACUAUUGCAGUAUUCUAUAGGUAGUGUUAUACGAUAAUAUAUACCAGUAUCGCACAAGGGUUAUCCCAUAUUCAAUCGGCAAUCCCAUAGAAACCCGUGAGACUAUGCUUUUCAAUAUACCGAGCUGUAAUAAACUAGGAAUAUACGUGUACCAAUAAAAUACACAACUGCUCGAGUUUUCCCUUUUCAACAAGCUGGGAUCGGGAUACAUUUUCUAUUCGAGCGUUUUCGAAAAAUGUUCUGUGCGUAAAAAUCAUGUAAA